AUGAAUUACAUUAACAAUGGCGCCAUAGAUGUGUCUCACUUACUCCUCGUAGAGGAUAGCGCCGACUCAGAUGCAGAUCAUGGGUUGAUGUUCAAACAAUGUCCGAGUUGCGAAAAAAUUGCAGCAGACGAGAUUGAUGACGCCGAGUCUUGUAGCGCUUAUGAAGGAAGCGAAGACACAAUGAUAUUUAGUAGAGAAGAAUACGAAGACAAACACAAAGACGAAAACGAAAUGUGUGAUAAUCAGAAGUGGAGUAUAAAGAGAGGAGAUGAUACAGAAGAUGAAGAUGAUGAAGGAGAUGAAUCAAGCGGCCGAAUUGGUCAUGGCAAGGGCGAGCUAAGGAUGAUGUUCUAUCACAAGACUUGUCCUCAGGUUGAGGAGGUUGUGAGGGAUAUUACAUGGAGUAAAGUUGAGAAUAAUCCAAGCAUGGCAGCUAAGCUACUGAGGCUGCAAUACCAUGACUGUUUUGUUAGGGGAUGUGAUGCAUCCAUAUUAUUGGAUUCAACUAGCGGUAACACAUCUGAGAAAGAUGCAAGACCAAAUCUCUCGUUAUCCGGUUACGAGGUCAUUGAUGACAUAAAAGCUAAACUAGAACAGGAAUGUCCCAAAACCGUGUCGUGUGCUGAUAUCGUUGCCUUGGCAGCUCGUGAUGCUGUUUCAUUUCAAUUUAAAAGAUCGCUAUGGAAUGUUGUGACUGGGAGGCAAGAUGGAAGAGUUUCACUUGCCUCAGAGGCUGUAAGAGAUUUACCAUCUGCAGGAGCAAACUUCACCACUCUCCAACAGCAAUUUGCAGCUAAUGGCCUUGAUGUCACAGACCUUGUUGCUUUAUCAGGAGCGCAUACAAUUGGAGGUGCACGUUGCUUUGCGAGGAGACUAUUCAAUUUCAGUGGAAAAGAUGAUAUUGAUCCUUCAUUGAAUUCAGACUAUGCAAAUUUCUUGAUAAGAAAAUGUUCUGAUCGGACGGCGUUGGUGGAAAUGGAUCCCGGAAGUUCGCUAUUGUUUGAUACCGAUUACUUCAAGGCAGUUAAGCAGAACAAAGGAUUGUUUAUGUCAGAUGCAGCUCUCCUCACUAAUCCUCGUUCGGCUUUCAUCGUUAAGCUUUUCCAAAAUCCUCUACUUUUCUUUUCCCAGUUUGGAGCUUCAAUGCAGAAAAUGGGUCAAAUUAAAGGAGAUGAUUCUGAUGGGGUGAGAUUAGGAGGAGUUAUCGCUUUGUUAAUUAAUUAG